GGUUGCUAGGCGGAAGCAGGGCGCGGCGGCGGCCGCUGCGGCUGCCCGGGCGUUUGAAAAGCGGCUACGCAGGCGGCAAAAGCAGACCUCGCCACCGGGCCGCCGACCGCGGCGACCAUGGUCUCCAAGUCCGACCAACUGCUCAUCGUCGUGUCCAUCCUAGAAGGUCGCCAUUUCCCCAAACGUCCAAAGCAUAUGCUUGUAGUAGAAGCAAAGUUUGAUGGAGAACAGUUGGCUACUGAUCCCGUGAACCAUACUGACCAGCCAGAAUUUGCUACUGAGUUAGCCUGGGAAAUUGACAGGAAAGCGCUUCAUCAGCACAGGCUACAGCGUACUCCUAUAAAACUCCAGUGUUUUGCCUUAGAUCCUGUAUCUUCAGCCAAGGAAACUAUAGGUUACAUUGUUUUGGACUUAAGAACUGCUCAAGAAACAAAACAGGCACCGAAAUGGUACCAGUUGCUGAGUAAUAAAUACACCAAGUUCAAGUCUGAGAUACAGAUAAGCAUUGCUUUGGAAACAGACACAAAGGCGCCAGUGGAUAGUUUUAAAGCCAAAGGGGCCCCCCCUCGAGAUGGAAAAGUACCUGCUGGCUUGUCUGGACUUGACCCCAGGGACAUUGUGGCAGUGCUGAACGAGGAGGGAGGCUACCAUCAGAUUGGACCAGCAGAGUAUUGUACUGACUCCUUCGUUAUGUCGGUUACCAUCGCAUUUGCCACCCAGUUGGAGCAGUUAAUUCCAUGUACUAUGAAACUUCCAGAAAGACAGCCUGAAUUUUUCUUUUACUACUCUUUACUGGGAAAUGAUGUUACAAAUGAACCAUUCAAUGAUUUGAUCAACCCAAACUUUGAGCCAGAAAGAGCGUCUGUUCGCAUACGUAGCAAUGUAGAAGUUCUGCGUGUUUACCUGGCUCUUCAGUCUAAACUGCAGAUCCAUCUCUGCUGUGGAGACCAGUCACUUGGGAGUACAGAAGUACCUUUAACUGGAUUACUGAAAAAGGGCAGUACAGAGAUCAACCACCACCCAGUCACAGUCGAGGGUGCGUUUACCCUUGACCCUCCAAACCGAGCCAAACAAAAGCUUGCACCUAUUCCUGUGGAGCUGGCUCCAACUGUGGGAGUGUCUGUGGCUCUGCAGAGGGAAGGCAUGGACUCCCAGUCUUUAAUUGAAUUAAAGACCCAGAAUGAACAUGAGACAGAGCAUUCAAAGAAGAGAGUUUUAACUCCCAUAAAGGAGAAGACACUUACUGAGCCAAAAUCACCAAGCAUGUCCCCUGUUCCGCCUCACAACCAGUCACCUCCAACAAAAGAUGAUGCCACAGAAAGCGAAGUGGAAAGCUUACAGUAUGAUAAGGACACCCGACAGAAUCCAAAAGCCAGUUCUUCUGUACCUGCUUCACUGGCCCCGCCAGUGCCCACAUCCAAUGUUUCACAAACAGCUUCAGGACAGAAGAUUGCUGUUCCAGCAACAUCACAUCAUUUUUGCUUUUCAAUAGACUUAAGGAGUAUCCAUACCUUGGAAAUUGGUUUUCCAAUCAACUGUAUAUUAAGGUAUUCGUAUCCAUUCUUUGGAAGUGCAGCUCCUAUUAUGACUAAUCCUCCGGUAGAAGUUCGGAAGAACAUGGAGGUUUUUCUUCCCCAGUCUUACUGUGCGUUUGAUUUUGCAACUCUGCCACAUCAGCUGCAGGACACCUUCUUAAGGAUUCCCUUGCUGGUUGAAUUGUGGCAUAAGGAUAAAAUGAGUAAAGAUUUACUUCUGGGAAUUGCGAGAAUCCAGCUUUCUAACAUCUUGUCCUCAGAAAAAACUCGUUUUUUAGGUUCUAAUGGUGAACAGUGUUGGCGUCAAACUUACAGUGAAAGUGUGCCUGUGAUAGCAGCACAAGGAUCAAAUAACAGGAUAGUAGAUCUUUCUUACACAAUGACACUAGAAGAUUAUGGACUGGUAAAAAUGCGUGAGAUCUUUGUCUCUGAUUCUUCUCAGAAUGUACCUGCUGUACAAGAGAAGUCAGCUUCUCUUCCCCCAGCACCCUGUCCUUCAGAGAUCCAGAUAGAGCCUCGGGAAACUUUAGAGUACAAAGCAGCACUUGAACUAGAAAUGUGGAAGGAGAUGCAAGAAGACAUUUUUGAAAAUCAGCUAAAGCAGAAAGAACUGGCUCAUAUGCAGGCUCUUGCAGAGGAAUGGAAGAAAAGGGACCGAGAAAGGGAAUCACUAGUAAAGAAAAAGGUGGCUGAAUAUACUGUUCUGGAAGGAAAACUUCAAAAAACCCUAAUCGACUUAGAGAAGCGAGAGCAGCAGCUUGCUAGUGCAGAAUCUGAGCUUCGAAGAGAAAAAAAGGAACUACAAUCAGAACGUGAACGAAACACGCAAGAACUUCAGGAUUCUAAGCGUAGAGCCAAAGAAGACUGUAUUCACCAAGUGGAGCUAGAAAGGUUGAAGAUUAAGCAGCUUGAGGAAGAUAAACACCGACUUCAGCAGCAGCUUACUGAUGCUGAAAAUAAAUAUAAAAUUUUGGAGAAAGAAUUUCAGCAGUUCAAGGAUCAGCAAAGCAACAAACCAGAAAUCCGUCUACAAUCUGAAAUAAAUCUUCUCACUUUGGAAAAGGUUGAACUUGAAAGAAAGUUGGAAUCCGCAACUAAGUCUAAACUGCAUUACAAGCAGCAGUGGGGACGAGCUUUGAAAGAACUUGCCAGACUUAAACAGAGGGAGCAAGAAAGUCAAAUGGCUCGUCUGAAAAAACAGCAAGAGGAGUUGGAACAGAUGAGACUGCGUUACCUGGCUGCUGAGGAAAAAGAUGCAGUAAAAACUGAACGACAAGAAUUAUUGGAUAUAAGAAAUGAAUUGAACAGGUUAAGGCAGCAAGAACAAAAACAGGGCCAGGAUGCCAGAGAGAUAGCAAGUGGGAAAAUGGACAGCCCCCACAGUAACGCACUGGAAGAAGGGCUGGAUGAUUAUUUGACUCGCCUCAUAGAAGAGAGGGACACGUUGAUGAGAACGGGUGUGUACAAUCACGAGGAUCGGAUAAUAAGCGAACUUGACCGACAGAUAAGAGAGAUUUUGGCAAAAAAUAAUGCCAGUAAUUAAUAACAUUUGGAACAUCUUUACAGAGACACCAGGUCUGAAUUUUAGUUUCCUUGUAAAACCCUUACAAGUGAAGAAAAUUGAUGUUUUAAAAUGCUAUUUUCAGGUUUUUUAAACAAAAUUUUAUAUAUUAUUGUAUAGUAUUUAUUUGAUUGUAUUUACUUUGUGCUACCUCUCAUGCUGGUUUUAUUUGUCCUACGCAUUUUCUACUCAUUUUACACGGCUUGUCAGUGCUUCUUGUAGUUUAUAAUCUGAGGGCUAACUUUCAAAACAGCUUUUCACCAGUUUGUUAUAGGAGAAAUGACUGCAGGAUUGUUCAGUUAUUUAAUUUUUCAUGUUGAGCCAAAAGAGUAUAUGUUGCACUUUAAAAAAUGCUGUGUCCUAAUUCCAUUUGAAUGUAAAUAUCUUAAAAGUUGAUGCCAAUUUUAAAUGUAACCAGUUUAACUCAUUUCAGACAACCUAUCUUUUUUCCUUAACUUGUAAUGUUUGCAAAUGACAACCUUGAAAAUAAAGCAGGAUCAAUGCAGAGAAGCCAUAUGACAUAUUGAGUGGCAGAUUCGUCAUUUAUUUAAAUAAAGUUAAUACAGACAAAACUUGUUUCAAGAGCUAGUGAAUUUUCAGACUUUCAGUGUACUGGUAACUUGAACUUUUAAUAUGGUCUUCUCUGUCAGCUUCCUGCUGGGAUUGGCGUUGUUUUCUUUCACUAACGUCAGAGAUUUCCUUUUAUUUCCAGUGAUAAUAGUACUAGUUGUUAACUCAGACCCUCUCUAAUAGAACACGGAAACACACACACAAAGAAAAGAGAGUAAAAAUCAACUAUUUUUACUCCCCCUAAUUUUAAUCGGUCUUUUUCAAAACUGUAUGAGAUGAAGUCAAUGGAUUUAUGUAGCAUCAGGUCGGUAUGAAGAGUUCCCUUACUUCGUAUUCUUCAGAGCCAACAUUUGUCGGUAAAGCAAUACUUUCCACCUCUUUUUAUAGAGUACUGAAAAGUUUUUAACAAAUUCGCAAAUUAGGUUGAGUCUGAACAUAGAUGUAGUUUAAAAAUUAUGAUUUCCAAAUGUAAUAAAUUUAAGUAUAUGCUUUAGGAAGUUACCAAUAACUUCCAUAAAAGCAGAAUAAAGAUAUUUACUUUUUUGUCGUUUUCAACAAGAUAUAUUUCAUAUUAAGGAAAUUAAAGUCCUUUUACUCACCAUGUUUUUUCCUUAUUAACAAACUAUUGAUCUUCUAAAAAUAACCCAGCAGUAAAUAAGAAAUUACUGAAUGAGAGGAUAAUGAAUCGUUGACUCAUAGAAGGAAUUUACAAUAUUAAUUAUGGUUAGAUAUAUUCUCUCAGUGAUUUUUGUGCCACAUGAAUGGAACAGAAGUAUUCUUUUUGUUUUGGGAAGUCUCAAGUAAAUUUCUGUGACUGUUAAUACCCUCAGUUGCCUUAUGUGCUGCCUGGGACUGUUUCCAAACACUAGAGGGGGCCCUAGAUUUAAAGAAACAAAAAGGACUUUUCUAAAAUGGAUGUGUGGUUUAUUUUGCCUUCUGUAAAGCUUUUUCGGCUAUUGUAAUUUAACAAAUAAAAUCAUAAUUGUAUGCCUCUUUGA